AUGAAGAUUGCUCUGUCUGCAGGGUCUCUAUCUAUCAGUGUGUUCCUGGUAUCUCUGGGGCUGACGGUGUGUGCCGUGUGGCUCGUAGCUCUGUGUGGAGUCUGCACCUGGUGUCAACGCAAACUGGGCAAGAGGAACAAGCCUGGGGUGGAGGCAGCCAGCACCCCAGAUUCAGUUCAGAUUCGUGGCCGAGGGGAAAACAAAGCCAUCAACCACUAUGAUCUAGACAGGGACUUUUGGAAUAACAAUGACAGCAGCAACGUGCAGCAGAGAUGGAGCUCCUAUCCGCCCAAAGAGUUCCUCUUAAACAUGUCCCCCUAUGCCCCGUACGGAGACCCUCGCCUCACGCCCAACGAGGGGAAGAUGGUUGUUCUGUCUCUAGCGAUCGGGCUGGCUGAACAAGAUGACUUCGCCAACCUCCCAGAUCUACAGGAAGCACCAGCAUGCCAAGAAAAGUCAACUCCACCAGACAAAUCAAGGAGCCUGGGUAAACCUGGGAGCCAGACCCCAGAUGAGGCAGGCCGCCUCGGGAACUCCUCCGUCACAGACCUGGCCAACUCUGUCACCACCAGCGACAUUCACAUGCUCUCUCCGGGCUCAGAAGAGGACACAGAAGGGCCUGUGGUUGAGAAGCUGGGCCGGAUUCAGUUCAGUGUGGGCUACAGCUUCCAGGACUCCACCCUGACCGUCAAGAUCCUCACGGGCCAGGAGCUCCCCGCCAAGGACUUCUCUGGCACCUCAGACCCCUUCGUCAAACUCUACCUGCUGCCUGACAAGAAGCACAAGCUGGAGACCAAGGUCAAGAGGAAGAACCUCAACCCUCGCUGGAACGAGACCUUCCUGUUUGAAGGGUUCCCCUAUGAGAAGGUGAUCCAGAGGACCCUCUAUAUGCAGGUGCUGGAUUACGAUCGUUUCAGCAGGAACGACCCCAUCGGGGAGGUGUCCAUCCCCCUUAACAAGGUGGACCUGGGCAACCAGCAGACCUACUGGAAGGAGCUGAAGCCCUGCAGCGACGGCAGCGGGAGUCGAGGAGACCUGCUGGUGUCACUGUGCUACAACCCUCAAGCUAACACCAUCAAUGUGACCAUCAUCAAAGCCCGCAACCUCAAAGCCAUGGACAUCGGAGGCACCUCCGAUCCAUAUGUGAAGCUGUGGCUGAUGCACAAGGACAAGCGUGUGGAGAAGAAGAAGACUGUGACAAUGAAGUGCUGUCUGAACCCCGUGUUCAACGAGUCCUUCCCCUUCGACGUCCCCGCCCACGUGCUCCGAGAGACCACCAUCAUCAUCACCGUCAUGGACAAGGACAAGCUCAGUCGCAACGACGUCAUCGGCAAGAUCUAUCUCUCGUGGAAGAGUGGUCCGGCGGAGGUGAAGCACUGGAAGGACAUGAUGGGUAAACCUCGUAAUGCCGUGCAGCAGUGGCAUGCCCUCAAGGCCUGA